GACCGCGUCCACUUCCUAUCAUCCAACAUCUCCAGUUCCUGUACAAAUCUCAAGACAACUGGUUUUGUCAUGAUUAAACUUUUAAAUGAAACGAUGAAUGAAAGGUGUCGUGCUUUUUUCAUUUGUAACGAAAUAGCCAGCUUAAGAGAAUAAAUACUACGUGGUGUGGAGUCAAACAACAACUAGAAACAUCUACCAAGAUAAGUGUUUCUUUAAUCCCUCCACAAAUCCCGGUGUGGCGAUGUCUUCCCCAAGAGAUGCUCAACGACGGCAACGGCGCAGGGAGCUGGACGCCAGGCGGAGCAAGUCGCGGGUUCGCCUGGGCGCGUGUCUGCAGAGCUGGGGUCAGCUGAAGGAGAGGCUCGGGUUCGCCCUCCAUUCGGAGCUCGCGCAGCAUCUGCUAGAGAGCUACUUCUCCAAGGCCUGUGUCAAGUGCUCUGUUGGGAGGGGUGAGGCAAAGGGGGUGAAGCCUGUGGUGACAUCAGAGGAAUCCCUCCAGUGCCUGGUGCUGCAGGUCCAUUGCCAUGGGCAACGGUGCCCCCUUCCUCCCAACCUACAGCCUGCUGGUGCUGUGGAGGGUCAGGCCGCUGGGGCGGGGCAGGCUGAGGGGGAGGGGCAGAGCAACAGACGCAAAAGAGAAGAGAAAAAAGGCAGGAAAGACGUUCGGCUGGAGAUGCGGCCUACGGAGGGGCGGGGAGAAUCAGGAGAGGGGGCUCAGUCAGAGCUCUGUCUGAGGUACGCCUGCCAAGGGGGGCACGUUUUGGCCUGGUGCCCCUCCAGGACUGGCCAAGAGGGGUGCGGGGCGGACGGGGGGAGGGCGGAGGAGCUCGCUGUCCCUGCUGGUGCGAGCCCAUCCAGAGAACGAGGGAGGAGGAGACCGAUGGAGGAGAAGAGAGAGAGCAGCAAGGAGGAAGCCUGCUUUUCAGGGAAGACCAGGAGGUGCAGCAAAGCAGGGUCUACAGAGGGGAGUCAACACGCGGAGGAGGAGCAGGAAGAGGAGGAGGAAGAGGGGGUACAGGAGGAGGAGAUAGUCACUGGGACUGAGACUGGAGAGAGCACCACACCAGGGAGUAUGUGUGUACAGGAAGUUGAGCCAGAGAUGGAGAGGGAUCAGGUAACAACAGAGUUUCCGCAGUCACGGGAAGAUUGUCAGCUCCCUGGUGAAGAAGAAAGAGAAGCAGGCAGCCCAGACGUGCAAACUGACAACAACUACAUUCCAUCCCCUUCACGGGCCAAUCCUGGCUGUCCCUCUUACAGCAGUGACAUAACUUCAGGCAAACCCACCAGGGAGGUCAAAAAGAAGCCAUAUUCUCCCCACGGUGACUCAACUGUAAUACGACAAAAGACCACUAGGGGGAAACAGAGGAAAGCAGUUCAGCCUGCACAAGCCAGAUCUAGUCCACGGAUAAGCAAGCAGGAAAACAAAAGAAGCACCGUACCAAAGAGGUUGGGAGACGAUGACAUUUCUCAGAUUAGCGGCAAAAGAAAAAGGUGCGUGCGCGACGCGAAAGCAACACCCAGAGAUAUUUUGCCAUGCGAGUUCGACGGCUGUGGAAAGAUAUUCUCAUCCCGGCAGUACCUCAAUCACCACAUGAAGUACCAGCACUUUCACCAGAAGACGUUCGCCUGCUCUCACCCCUCUUGCGGAAAGUCUUUCAAUUUCAAGAAGCACCUGAAGGAGCAUGAGAAACUACACAGCAACCAGAGAGACUACAUCUGUGAGUUCUGUGCCCGAGCUUUCCGGACCAGCAGCAACCUGAUCAUCCACCGCAGGAUCCACACCGGGGAGAAACCACUGCAGUGCGAGGUGUGCGGCUUCACCUGCCGCCAGAAGGCCUCGCUGAACUGGCACAUGCGCAAGCACGACGCCGAGAGCGGCUACCAGUUCCCCUGCGAGAUCUGCGGCCGCCGCUUCGAGAAGAGGGACAACGUGACCGCCCACCGCAGCAAGAGCCACCCGGACCACACCCCCGGCCCCGCCCCCGCCGCAAACCCGGCCGCCCCCGCCUCCGAAACUCCCUCCCCGCUCCCCGAGCGCUCGGCCCUGGCCUCGGACGACCCCGCCGACCCCGUGCACAGCGCCGACCUCGCGGGCCGGUCCAGCGACCCCGGCGACCUUUCUAUCGUGGUGAUGUGA